UAUCAUUAAAAAACGUUUACUAUUUCGUAAAAAUUCAUUACAAUGUAAGGUUAGAAGGGUUAGGCCCAUUUUAAAGAAGACCAUUUUAGAAAUAGCCGGGGUUUAUGACUUUGUGAUUGUGGUAACGAGUGACGGACCUUAUGGGGUGGAGACUACACGGUAUAAAUACCGCUCCGGUGGCGGACAGCGUCACUAUCUACCCACCUUCACAACGGGAAAAAUGUGGCUCUAUACACGACUGACUCUCACCCUUGUCUGUGUUGCCGUUUUGGCACGGGGAGCGCGUCUCCCUGACGGCACCACGGAGCCUGACUGUUCCCAGUACAACAUGCCCAUGUGCACCCGCAACUACGAGCCAGUGUGUGGAAGCGACGGCAUCAGCUAUGCUAACGAAUGCAUGCUGUGCUUUGAAAACAUGGAGCAGAAGAGUAACGUUCACAUCAGGAGUAAAGGAGAGUGCUGAACCAGACAUGAUCGUCCAUUGUCUCGGCGACCCACCAGGCCACUCAACAUUACCAUUUCCUGUUGCCUUGUCAAAACACUGGCAUAGUUUAUUUUUGCGUCUAAACGCUGAGGAGUCAGUAAGCAACCUGUCAAGUGCCUCAAUAUACUUUGAACUGGUUCCUCAACACCCAUUUCCUUUUUCCUGUCUGUCAUAGUGUUCUGUAGACGACUCAACCCUUCACUACCUGGUCUUUAAGACUUGUGUAGUGUACUUGGUAAAAUGGUAUUCUUUUAGAUGGAAUAGUCAUGUGUAUUUUACUUGUCUACCUGUUUAUCUGUAAUUAAAACUAUUUUAGUGAAAUA